AUGGCUUUCAAUCCCAUGGUUGUUAUUCUCAAAGAAAACAAACUUGUUGAACCUAAUUAUAUUGACUGGAAAAGGAACUUGGAUACUGUACUCACUGUAGAGGAGUGCAAGUAUGUGCUCAUAGAGCAUCAGUUUAUGCCUUCAGCCUAUGAUAUAAUGCAAAACCUCAAAGAAAUGUUUGGGGAUCAAAAUCCUGCUGGUAAGGGGACCCCGAUAAGAGAUCAUGUUCUGAAGAUGAUUGGUCUUCUCAAUGAGCUAGAGAUCCUCGGGGAUGAAAUCGAUGUGGAAACCCAAUUUGAUAUUGUUCUCCAGUCGCUGCCUGACUCUUUCAAGUACUUUUGCAUGAAUAAGCUCUCUUACUCAUUGGCAGAACUACUUAAAGAGCUUCAAGCAGCUUAG